AUGUCUAAUAUUUCAAGAUCGGUCAAGGCCCUGCUGCAGACUAGCAGGCUUGCUCUGCAAAGACCCCGAGGUGUCAACCCGAUUCACCAUGUCCUCCUUCAAGACCGCAUAGCCUUCAGAGGCAUGGCGACCGUUUUCGAGAGAACGAAGCCUCACGUUAACGUCGGUACCAUUGGCCAUGUCGAUCACGGAAAGACUACAUUGACGGCCGCCAUCACCAAACGUCAAGCGGAGAAGGGAUUGGCAAACUUCCUGGAAUAUGGGGCGAUUGAUAAGGCUCCUGAGGAGCGGAAGCGUGGUAUCACCAUCUCUACCUCUCACAUCGAAUAUUCGACCGACAAACGACAUUACGCCCACGUCGACUGCCCCGGACACGCUGAUUAUAUCAAGAACAUGAUUACUGGUGCUGCGAACAUGGAUGGUGCUAUCGUCGUUGUUGCUGCCUCUGACGGCCAAAUGCCCCAAACACGCGAGCAUCUGCUUCUUGCCAGACAAGUCGGUGUUCAGAAAAUCGUUGUUUUCGUCAACAAGGUCGAUGCUGUAGAGGAUAAGGAGAUGUUGGAGCUUGUCGAAUUGGAGAUGAGAGAGCUCUUGACCACCUAUGGGUUCGAGGGUGAGAAGACACCUAUCAUCUUUGGUUCUGCGCUCUGUGCUAUGGAGGGCCGUCAGCCCGAGUUGGGAGAGCAGAAAAUUGAUGAAUUACUCGAGGCUGUGGAUACUUGGAUCCCUACGCCACAGCGUGAUACCGACAAGCCCUUCCUGAUGUCCAUUGAGGAGGUGUUCUCUAUCUCUGGACGAGGAACCGUUGCCUCCGGCCGCGUUGAGCGUGGUAUCCUCAAGAAGGACUCCGAAGUUGAAAUUAUUGGCGGCGGUGUUCCCACAAUCCUGACCAAGGUGACUGAUAUCGAAACCUUCAAGAAGUCUUGCGACGAGUCCAGAGCCGGGGACAACUCCGGCCUCUUGUUGCGCGGUGUCAAGCGUGAGGAUAUCCGCCGUGGUAUGGUCGUUGCAGUUCCCGGAAGCGUCAAAGCACAUGACAGAUUCUUGGUGUCGAUGUACGUUCUGACCGAGGCUGAGGGUGGUCGCCGCACUGGCUUCGGUCAGAACUAUCGUCCUCAAAUGUUCAUCCGCACAGCUGACGAGGCUGCUGAACUCAGCUGGCCUGAUGGAGACGACGAAGCCAAAAUGGUCAUGCCCGGUGACAAUGUUGAAAUGGUCCUGAAGUCACACCGCCCGGUGGCCGCUGAGGCUGGACAGCGAUUCAAUAUUCGUGAGGGAGGCCGGACUGUCGCUACUGGGCUCGUAACCCGUGUCCUCGAGGAAUAG